AUGAUAGAUAAUAAUAAGAACAAUGGUGGUGCCUCAAGCAGCAGCAAUAACAUUGAUGUAGCCGUUACACCAGAUAGAGACACAUGUAAUAGCAAGGAAGAACAAUGUAUACUGUUCAAUGAGGUCUACCAUGAUCAUGGAAAUGAAUGUUGGCCCGACCACAUUACAUCAAACAUUGUGUUGGAUGAUGUAUCACGUUUGAAUGCCACACGUGUCAAUGCAAUGUAUCAAGUACGUAGCGUGGAGGAUGUCCAGCGUGUGCUGGAAUGGGCCAAGAAGACCAAGCAAACAGUGUCUGUGCGUGGCCAGAAGCACUCGAUGGGUGGCCACACACUCAAUCCAGACGGCGUCGUCAUCGACAUGCAGUACAUCAAUCACAUGCAAUUUGAUCGCGAACGCAAUUCAGUCACGGUUGGCACUGGCGCGCUAUGGUCCGACCUGAUCCAGUAUCUCAACCUGUUCGCCAAGGCACCACGCACACUGCAGUCUUACUCCAGCUUCUCGAUCGGUGGCACUCUCAGUGUCAACGGCCACGGUAUCACCACCGACUACUGUCUCGCCGAGUCUGUGAUUGAGUUCCGUUUGGUCACAGCCGACGGCGCCAUCAUGCGUUGUGCGCGCGACGCCGAGACCGAGGAGGCACGCCAGCUGUUCAGCCUGUGUAUUGGUGGCUACGGCCUGUUUGGAGUGAUCUACGACGUUGUGCUCAAGAUCAAGGACAACUACCGUCUCCAGAUGGACACAGUCACCACCCAGCUGCGCGACCUUCCCCACGUCUACGAACCAAUGAUCGACGCGAUGCUCGCUGGCGAGAUUGAGAUCAAGUUGGCGCGUAUCGAUAUCACCAACUUUGAGUUAGCCGACAUCUACAUGUUCCGUCGCCACUCGCUGACGCCAACCGUGUCCAACCUGCCAGCAAAGCCCAAGGAGAUGACCAUGGCCUCAAAGACCAUCUACAAGUGGUUCGCCGGUCCCCUGCGCGAGCUGCGCUUUGCCAUGGAGCACCAGCUUGGCGUGGCACUCGACUGGAGCGAGGUCAAUGACUCCAACCUCCUGCUCUUCGAGUCUGCCAAGCCCCUGGCACAGCUCUACUCGCCCUGGCUAUUGAUCGACGACACAUUCAUUCUUCAAGAGUACUUUGUGCCCAAGGAGAACUUCAACACUUGGAUAUCUGCCGCCAAGGACUUGGUCGUGGGCCACAUCAACAAGGAGACCAAGCUGUCCCUUCUCAACAUCACAAUCAGAUACGUUCAUCAUGACACGGACAGCGCGUUGCCAUAUUCUCGCGCACCAGGUGGCUCCUUCGCCUUUGUAUUCUACUUCCGCAUUCGUCGCACCAAGGAGGCCGACGAUCUCUUGCACAGCUAUCACAACAAGUUGACAGAGAUCACUUUGUUGGAGGGUGGCACAUUCUAUCUGCCCUACCGACACCAUUAUUCACAUGAUCAGUUGCUCGCGGCCUACCCUGGAUUCACACAAUUCACUCAGAUGAAGUCCAAGUACGAUCCUGAUCAAAGAUUCUCAAACCUUUGGUGGUCACAUUAUGGCGCAAACACUACUCCCACCAAGCAAGUACCACUCACUGUCAAAGAGAAUGAGCUUCAUGAGGUCCCAGCGCUGGCAUCAAUGGACGACAAGAUCAUAUCGAAGGAGGACUUGGACAAGCUUCUGGAUCAGACGUCCAUCCAUAGACUGGGAUCAUUCCGCGCGUUGCUCAAGGACCCAUUACUCAGACAUACAUUCAGCGACACGUUCCUGGUAGACAUCCUGGCACUGGGCAGCCGCAAUGAGUUGAUGCGACUGAUGAACACAUCGGUCUGGGACAACCGUCUCAAGGACGACAAUGACAUCUACGAGAACCUGGUACGAUGCUUGCAAUCCAAGUCGGGCCCAUUCGGUGAGAUCGUCAAGGUGUGGAAACAGGUCAAGCAGUUGUCCGAUCAGCGCAAGGAGUUGGUACGCGAGACUGUCUCGGUGCUCUCUCACGUCGGACUCGUGGGCAAGGUACACGAUCUGGUCUCGAUUGGCGACCACGGCAAGUUGGUCGCGCCACUGCGCAAGGCUCUCAGAAUGCAGGGCGACACGUGGAUCGUGCAUGAUGUGCAGGCUGAUGACUCUGACAUUGGCGCUACACUGGAGCGUGGUGUAAUCAAUCAGAAGGAGCUGGGCACUUUCGAGCAGAUCGACUAUAUGCACGUGCGAAAGGAUGGACGCGAGUUCCCCAACAUCCCCGACGAGAGCUGCGACCUGGUUACGAUGAACCAGGGUCUGCAUCAUCUGCCACCCGCACACAUCCCUCACUUCCUCAAAGCAGUCAAUCGUAUCCUGCGCACAGGUGGCUGUCUAAUCAUUCGUGAACACGACUUGGACGACAACAAACAUCUGCUGCCAAUGCUAGACUGCGCGCACAUGGCGUUCAAUCUGCUCACUGGCGUCUCAUCUGUCGAUGAGAAGCGUGAGAUUCGAGGCUUCCGCUCAGUGAUUGAGUGGCGCCAGAUCGUGGAGCACUUUGGAUUCCGCGACACCAUGGUCUACGAGAUGCAGCCACACGACCCCACCGUGGACAUCAUGAUCUGUUUCAGAAAGGUCAGUCCAGUGGACAUUGCUUCACUCACAAGUCCCAAGCAGAUUGUAGCCGCCGCGCCCAAGCCCAGGAAGGUCUACUCGGACAAGCUGUACACACCUGUGCCCCCAUCGCGACUAAACGCCGCUCUCAAUCAGCUGCCACACCUCACGCUUAACCUGAUAAAGGGCGUAAUCGAGAUGCUUCGUGUCAAUAUCCCGCAGUUCCAGCAGUGGCUGGCCAGGAUCGUGUCGACCAUGAUCCCCAAGUCGCUGCCAGGCUUGGCCGACUCGGCAGAGAUGAUACUCAAGCAGUACGUCAACCCCUUCCUCACGAUCCUCGAGCGUUUCGACCCGCUCACUGAGGCCGCCAUCCCCCAAGCCAACACUUCCGACAACAUUGUACCUGAUGAGCUCUUCCUCCUUGUGCAUGUUUUGCGCGCUCGUGCCAAGAAGGGCGGUGGCAUCUUUGAGACGGCCAUCAUUGGUAUCAUCGAUCAGCUGGUUGGCUUCAAGAAUGAGGUCAUUGCAGAGGUGACUGACGUCAUCAAUCAACAACCGGCACAGCUACCACCCGCAUUGAGUCUUCUGGAUGACGCUCACCUCAAGGAGAUCAAGGAUGAGGUUCACCUGCUGUUCCAGACAAUGCCCGAGUUGGCCAAUCUCGAGCACGUGGUCAAGAAUGUCGGUCUGUCAGCUCGUGCUACCAACCUCAUCGGCACGCUACUGCCAAACGAGUUUGAUCAACAAACCUUGGCAAGAUGGAUCUCGGAGAAGUUGGACGUGCCCGCUUGGGUAGCACUCAAGUCUGCGAUGAUCGAUGUGCGGUCCCAGAAAAACCUGCCCACAAUGGACCUCAUCAAACUCAAGGGCUCACCAUGGAACCGUGCGAUCAGCACAAUCAUGGGCGCACCAUCAGUACAGUUCACAGGCUACCAGGAGACGAUGGCAGGCUGGGUUGGUCUUGGCGAUGUAAUCACCUUGUGGAGGAAGGCCCAGAAGAAGGCCACAAAGAGGAGAAACUCCACUGCAUCAAUGGGCACGGCAUUGUCUCAAGAGAUGCUGGAGCACCUCGAGAAGAUCAGUCCACUGGCCAAGUACGAGGGCAAGGCAACACGCUUGGACAAUGUCCUAUACAUCGUAUCGGCAUCAUUCAAGCACUACUCUCUCACCAAGCUACUCAACAGCGUUGUGGUGGACAUCACGGCCGAAGCCAAUGCGGCCAUCGAUGUGCAGACCGCUUCACUCAAAAUGGCCGACAUCAAGGGCUAUGGAUCAGGCUUCAUGAAGGGCGCCAGUCAGUUCAGAAUGGGCGAUCACAAGUUUGAGAUUGUCUAUCGCACGAUGCCCGAGGUCAAGACAAUGCGCAUGGACAAGACACUGUCGUCCACAAUCAAACUGUCUCACCUCCUUGCCAAGCAGGGCCACUUUGACGGCCGCCACCACGCCAACAGCGACUCUCUCAAUCACUACAAGCUGCCAGAAUGGAUGCAGGUCGAGAUGGUGCAGGUGUUUGGCAACUUCAUGGAGCACACACCAUGGUAUCGCUUUCCCUUCAUCUCGAUGCUCAAGGUGUACUUUGAUGUCCUGUUCAAGGAGUUUGGCCUGGUGUCCCAAGAGCAUGGUGUGAUGGCCGCACUCUCUGAUCAGGGCUUCCUGAUCGACCUGGUGCCAGGUAUCGUCAUGUCGGUCAUCCUCGGCCAGAUGGCCUUGCUCGCACUGCCCCUUCGCAAGAUGCUCGGCGACACCUACGACGAUUCACAGAUGUACGAGUCCAUUGUCGUGUUGGCACCAUCGAGUGUACAAUGGCAGACGAUUGAUGAGAGGAUCAUUCCAAUCAAGUCACUGGACCAUGGCGUGCAUGUACUCCGCGUGCCAACAUUCAAGCCAUUCUCAGAGAUAUUGCAGACUAUUGCAAAGAAUGCUCCAGCCGUCACUAUACUCCAGAUCUCCAACAACUCAUCAUUGCAAAUCAAGUUGGAGUCCAAUGUCGAGCAUCUCAAGGUCACACUCAAGGCACUUGGUCAAUUCGAGGACUGCAAGAUCAACUUCAAUUACAACCUAUUCCCAACAACAACAACAACCAAACAGCCAGCACAUCCAGCACAGACAACAACAGGUAGCACUGUUACCAAGCAUCCAGAACAUCUACUUCCACAACAAAUCUCUGUUGAUGUACGUGUAAUCCAUUUGCUACCAUUCAUCCGACAUGUAAAUACCAUCACAACCGUCAAGAUAGUACAGAUAUACGAUUACUAUGCCUAG